CCCGGUGAUGCUGCUCUGACCAGAGACCAGACACUGCCGGAGAAAAACAAACACCUCUACUGACAUGCAGCGGAGAGGAGGGCUGCUGCUGCCGCUGCUCCUCCAUACCCCCUCUCUCUCUCAAACUGCAUCUAAUUACGAACACCCACUUCUGCCUUGCAAUUGAGAAAGACGGCACGGAUGACAGCGAGGAGCUCCAUUUGAAAACAUCUGCCUGGAGGAAUCCUCCCACUCAUCCCACUCGUCAAGGUCCACCCCUGCGCUGCAGCAGAGUGACGCCCCGCUGCGUGUCGCCGCUCGGGGAAUGCUUGGCGGACAAAGAGACGAGGCCUGAACACAAUGAGCGGCCAUGACAAAUGGGUCACACUGACCCCAGCUGAAUUUGCCCUGCUACAGGAAUACACCCAGUACUCAACCAAGAAGCUGAAGGAUGUGCUGCAGGAGUUCCAUGGAGAUGGUGUGUUGGCUAAAUACAAUCCAGAGGAGAAGCAGGAAAUCCUCAGCCAGGAGAUUGACUUUGAGGGCUUUAAGGUCUUCAUGCAGACGUUCCUGGAGAGCGAACUUCCUGAAGAGUUCUGUUUACACCUCUUCAUGUCAUUUAGUAACAAGGGACUCAAACCCAGUCCUUCAUGUCCUGACAAACCCAAAGUCUCAGGGUUGAAGCUGAUCAAAGGCAGCUCCAGCCCUCUGAAGACACCCGCACUGCCCAGGCCUUUGGACACGGUGCAGCUGAAGAACAUUGUGUGUUACCUGUCGUUGCUGGAGGGCGGACGUCCUGAGGACAAGCUUGAGUUUAUGUUUCGUCUCUAUGACGUGGAUGGAAACGGGUCCUUGGACAGCUCGGAGCUCGAGCACAUUAUCUCCCAGAUGAUGCAUGUAGCAGAGUACCUGGAGUGGGACGUGACUGAGCUGAAACCAAUCCUCCAGGAAAUGAUGCGGGAGAUCGACUACGAUCAUGACGGCACUGUGUCCCUGGAGGAGUGGAUCCAGGGCGGCAUGACCACCAUCCCGCUGCUAGUGCUGCUGGGCCUGGAGACGAAUGUAAAAGACGACGGGCAACAUGUGUGGAGACUGAAGCACUUUAACAAGCCGGCCUACUGUAACCUGUGUCUCAACAUGCUGAUUGGACUGGGGAAGCAGGGACUCUGCUGCUCAUUCUGCAAGUACACGGUCCAUGAGCGCUGCGUGGCGCGGGCGCCGCCGUCCUGCAUCAAAACCUAUGUCAAGUCCAAGAAAAACACAGAGGUGAUGCAUCAUUUCUGGGUGGAGGGGAACUGCCCCACCAAGUGUGACAAGUGUCACAAAACCAUUAAGUGUUACCAGGGCCUGACUGGGCUCCACUGUGUGUGGUGUCAAAUCACGCUCCACAACAAGUGUGCCUCCCACGUGAAACCUGAGUGUGACUGUGGACCCCUGAAGGAUCACAUCCUGCCCCCCAACUCAAUCUGCCCCGUCAUCCUGGAAAGGCAGUCGACGCUUAGGAAAGACUCACGGUCCAGCCAGUCGAGCCGAGGCAAGAUGCAGAGAGCAAACUCGGUCACAGUGGACGGCCAAGGACUGCAGAUCACAACAAUAGAGGGCACUCAUCCUCUGCUAGUGUUUGUCAAUCCGAAGAGCGGGGGGAAGCAGGGAGAGCGGAUUUACCGAAAGUUCCAGUAUCUUCUGAACCCGAGACAAGUGUACAACUUGGCCAAGAAUGGACCAAUGCCAGGGUUGAACUUCUUCAGAGACGUUCCUAAUUUCAGAGUGUUGGCCUGCGGAGGGGAUGGCACUGUGGGCUGGAUCCUGGACUUCAUAGAUAAGGCCAACCUGGACAGGAACCCCCCUGUGUGUAUACUUCCUCUUGGCACCGGCAACGAUCUGGCAAGAUGUCUGCGAUGGGGAGGAGGCUACGAAGGCGAGAGCCUCCUGAAGAUCCUGCGGGACAUUGAGAACAGUACGGAGGUGAUGCUGGAUCGCUGGAAGAUUGAUGUCACACCCACAGACCAGGAGGAGCGAGGGGACCUGGUGCCUUACAGCAUUAUAAACAACUACUUCUCCAUCGGAGUGGACGCCUCCAUCGCACAUCGCUUCCACGUCAUGAGGGAGAAGCAUCCUGAGAAGUUUAACAGCAGAACAAAGAAUAAGCUGUGGUACUUUGAGUUCGGCACUUCGGAGACCUUUUCAGCCACGUGUAAGAAGCUCCAUGACUUUCUGGAGGUUGAGUGUGAUGGUGUCACUCUGGACCUCAGCAGUAUCUCCCUGGAAGGAAUUGCCAUUCUCAACAUUCCCAGCAUGCACGGCGGUUCCAACCUUUGGGGUGAGAGCAAGAAGCGGAGGGGAAACCGGAGGGGAGGCAAAAAGGGCCAAGACAAGAGGACGCCCCUGGUCGACGCCAAAGAGCUCAUGUUUGCAGUUCAAGACCUGUCUGACCAGUUGUUGGAGGUGGUGGGGCUGGAAGGAGCCAUGGAGAUGGGACAGAUCUACACCGGCCUGAAGAGUGCUGGACGACGUCUGGCACAGUGCUCCUCCGUGACCAUCAGAACUAGUAAAUCCCUUCCGAUGCAGAUUGAUGGUGAACCUUGGAUGCAAACUCCCUGCACAAUUGAGAUCGUCCACAAGAAUCAGGCUCCUAUGUUGACAGGGAUGCCACAAGGCCGAAGCUUCUUCUCUUCAGUCAUCAGGAGAACACAUGCUGAGAGCAAAGACUGAUCCAACACGGUCCAAGACCUUCGAGUCGGCACAAGUGCCUGCAGAGCAGUGGUCACCAGUCGAUCUUCACUCAGAUGGUCGUGAAAGGCGUGCCGAAAGGAUGCCUGUUCGAUUGCCCAGAGUACAGUAGCAAACUGUCGGUUUCAGUGUAUGUUGCCUGCAGCAUGGCGACCUUGAUGAAAAGGCCUCGUUUAAUCCAGAGUGAGGUGUGUUUAGGACUGACGCUUUGAUCUACAUUGUGUCGUGUAGUUUAGCUCAAAAAGUGAAGCUAUUUCUGUGGUCUAAUUUUCUAAAAGCCAAUUCUUAUUUUUUUCUGUUGUGAUCUGUGCCAUGUGGAAUCAGUCCACAAAUGAAUGUGUUUUGUUUCAUGAUGUAUUCAUUAAUUCAUAUUUUGCUGCUAUUGAUGUUUUUUAACUUUUUUUUGUUUUGCAUUUGCAUACCCCAGAUGCAUGAAGGGCAGUGAUAGAGUUGUCCUGUUGUUGGAACUGACAUAUCUGGAGUUUGCGGCUCAUCUUUCAAGUGUGUUUAGUAAAGAAGUGCCGUUUAUUUGGUCAGCAUUUCCUCAUAGCUUCACUCCUGACUGGCUUCGAGUAGUGCGGAGACAGAGAAUCUCUUUUUUGCUUUCUUUUAAUAGUUCCUGCUUGUCAUGUUUGGAUCUGCUUGUGUUGCUGCUCCGUCAGUGGAACGAUUAGGAAUUAUUGUUGUUAUUGAUCGCUCAUAAAAAAUGCAUGAUACUCUUUGUUUCGACGUGGCACUUGAGAUUUUUAGACAGUUUUUACCAAUUGUGUGUACAUUUUUUGUUGCAUGAGUGACCAAGAUCUGUUUUGACACUUCUACAGCGCAGCUUGGUUUAACCAUAUCAAACUCUUUCCAUGAGAUGGCUGCAUUUUUAUAAGAUUCUGUGGGGGUUUUUUGAGCAGGUAUUCGGGUACAGUACUUUUAAAAUGACAAAACGGUAAGAAGGCAACAGAAAAGAGUCAAGUGUUAAAUAGAACUGCAUGACUGUAUAGAUAGACAAUGACAAGAAGCAGUUUGACCUCUUCUGGUCAUUGAUUUGUUCUGAUGUCUACAGUUGAGUGAAUAUAAUUUGCUGCACACACCAACGUACAUUAAACAAUUAAAGUCUAAAUACAAAAUGACUACUGACAUCAAAUUUGGGGGGAUUUGUUUCAGAUUCACCAGCUUGACACACCUGCAUGUUUUAAGAGAAUAAUUUCAGGCACGACUGUUUCAGUCUUUAAAACUGCCAUAUGCCCGUGGGGACCGAGCUCUGAUCGGUCUCCCUAAUCUUUGCUUUGUAUGAUGCAGCGUUUGUACAGUGAGGUUGUAUUUUUGUACACAGUAUAAUUUAUUUUUUUCUGCUUAAUGCUUCAUUCUAGAACUCACUGUGUUGUUCUGCCUAAAAAAACUAUGCUUUCCAGUGUUGACUGAGAAAAGUGAUAAAUCAAAAUAAUAAUAAAACAAAAGAUUUUGUUGUUUGA